AUGGGCUUUCCUUCCGACGGCAUCUGCUCCGAAACCGGGUUUAUGAAGGAGCAAUCAUACUGGAUCAACAUUAUAUCCAGGCUUUGGAAUCAGUCAGUCCUCUCAACAACAUUUGAGGACUUAAGACAACGAUAUCUCCGGGCACAUGGCCAAUGGCGAGGCAAUCCCAUUUAUCUCGUCCAAAUUACAUCAAUGAAGCUUUCUACAACCAGCUACGAGCUCGGUUUACUGGCCAUGGAGCUCGGUUACAAGAUGAUUGACCUCUCUGCUCGUGCGCAGCUCAGGGUGCAAGCUUCCCGAUAUGCAUUACUUUGGCACAUGCAAUCCCUGUAUGAAGGGACAUCAGCAGAAGUAAAGGGGCCUACUCAGGACGGCGAGAACAAAGAUGAGCUCCGGGUGGUGUUUUCGACCAUCUCUUCUAGGAUAUGGAGAGUUGUCUGCACUGACUCUUAUCCUCUUUACGAGUAUCUCGUUAGACUUCGAACUACGAAGGAAAAACGAUUGAUGAUCCACAGCAUGGCUCUUCGGCAGUCGUAUGAGCGACGAGAACUUGCUGAAGUUUGGUGGAUUGAUGGAAAAGAUGAUCCAGCUGAUGCUACCGGUAUGACGAAGCUCAAUCCGAACAAGUCAUUAACGACAUUCAUCGACCCAAAUAAGGUCAGCGUGCGUGUAGACGGAUGGAUGGAAAGAGCUUAG